ACAGAUAUCUGUCUUAAUCUUAACAACUCGGAAUCAGUUGUCUCCCUCCGCGUUCUUCUAUUCUGUUGUUCUUUCAGUUUAUCUAUUUGAUUUAGAGCUCCAACUUCUAACCACUACCACCGAUUCCCACAAAGAUUUUAACUGUUCCAAUUUUCUGCAUCUGGGUGUCUUUCUCUCUCCCAAAGAUCGAAUCUUUCCUAUCUGGGUCCUUUGGAUUUGCAAUCUUUCUUUUCAAGGUUGAACUUUGCUGGUUAUUCAGAUUUUCACAAGGGUCAGUGGGGUUAGCUUUGUUGCGAUGCUAGUUUCCUUUGACGAGCUGAUUGCGUAAGCGGUAAUGGCUGUGGAGUUGGAGUGUGACAAUGAGUGUGUUGAAUAGGAGCAUUUCAUUGAACAGGAAUGGAUCAUUCAAUCGAAGGGGCUUCAGUGUUGGCCUUGCAAGCCCCAAGGUCGCCAAUCACGUUCGAUUUGGAUGGGUCUCUUUGAGAAUUCAGGUUCUUGUUAUCAUUGCCUCUGUCAUUUCCUUCUUUGUAGCAAUUGGUUGUGGCUACAUUUAUGUGCUUCCUAGCGUUAGCCAUGCUCUCUUAAAUGCCCAAGGUCUCUUAUCUGACCACAACGAUAACGAAUUACUCACAAGCUGUGAUGUCUUUGAUGGAAGCUGGGUUCAGGUCCAAGGGUACCCUUUGUACAAUGCCACUGAGUGUCCCUUUGUGGAAAAAGGAUUCAAUUGUUUGGGGAAUGGAAGGGUUGACACGGAUUAUCUCAGCUGGAGGUGGAAACCAAAGGGUUGUAACAUUCCAACGUUUGAUGUGCGUAGCGUUUUGGAAAUGCUGAGGAGCAAAAGGGUUGUUUUUGUUGGUGAUUCAAUGAGUAGAACACAGUGGGAGUCUAUGAUUUGUAUGCUUAUGGCUGGUGUUGAGGAUAAGAGUGGUGUUUAUGAAGUCAAUCAAAAUAACAUAACAAAGCGAAUUAGGUUCUUGGGGGUUAGGUUCAGUGCCUUCAACUUCACCAUUGAGUUUUUCCGGUCGGUUUUCCUUGUGCAGCAGGGUAAUUUGCCCAGAUAUAUGCAAAGGCCAAGGAGGGUGAAAUCCACACUUAUGCUGGACAAGUUAGAUGAUAUAAGUGACCAGUGGGUUAAUUCAGAUGUUCUGAUAUUCAACACUGGCCAUUGGUGGGUGCCAUCUAAGCUUUUUGACAUAGGUUGCUAUUUCCAGGUUAAAAGGUCUCUGAAACUUGGGAUGUCGAUUCCUGCUGCCUUUAAAAUAGCACUUGAAACUUGGGCAUCAUGGGUUGAAAGAGAGAUCGAUAGAAAUAGAACGCGCAUCUUCUUUAGGACUUAUGAGCCAUCUCACUGGAGUGAUCAAACCUUCAGGCAGUGCAAUGUGACUAAGUACCCUGCCCCAGAAACUGAGGGAAGGGACCAGAGCUUGUUUUUGGACACGGUUUUGGAAGUGGUUAAGAAUGUCAGAGUUCCUAUAAAUGUUCUCCGCGUUACUUCUAUGUCGUCUUUCCGGAGCGAUGGACAUGUUGGUAAUUGGAGUGAUAAUCCAUCCAUUCAAGAUUGUAGUCACUGGUGUCUACCAGGAGUACCUGAUAUGUGGAAUGAAAUUGUCCUGUCCCAACUCUUUUCCAACAAUGAAACCCCUUAUCGGCAAAUGGAAAUUGCAGAAUAAAUACAUUUCUGUUCUCAGGUUGAUCUUUGCCUAGCUGAAUUUCUUUGUGUGUCUCCAUUAGGUUGGAAUACUUCAAAUUCAAGUCAUAAGCUCAAGUCUUAAUAGAACUCAACCUUUAUUUCACAUCAACGAAUUAAAGAGACAACAUUCUUUGUGAUUACAAGCAUACCUUGAAGUUCAGAUGCUUCUUAAGAAGUUAGGAUGGUUAAGAUUUGUCCCCACACUAGCACCGUAAAUCUUGUCGCAUCUCAGUCUGCAAUUGUUGAGUUCUUUCAUCUACCACGGGUUUUCUGAAAUAAUCAGUUGCAGAGUUUUGUUUAAGUAAACCCCAAAUACACGUUAAUUUUGUACCGGCAUGUCUAAAACAAUUGAUGAAGCGGAACGUACUUUCUAAUUAUUUUUUAAUUUUUUCAUCUCAGAAAAGGUUGUGUCUGGGACUCUGGGAUGUAACAAAUGGGUAUCCUUGAUUUUGGUCACGAAAAUGUUACAGUUAUUCAAAGAAAAAAUAGUUCGAAUCAACUCUCAAUUUUUUCUUUUGUUGUUGUCCACGGUUUCUUCCAGCCUAACUGGCAAAAAAAAAAAUAAUUUGUUGUGGAUCUGAAUUUUAUUCAAGGGUCUGUGGCGGGUUAAGAUGAAAUUCGAACUUUCAAUUUCGAUCUUUUCUCUCAGUAGGAGAGCAUCUCUUCUCUCAUUAGGAGAGUCUUCUGUGAACUCUAGGUUCGUCUCCAGCAGGGAGUCUUUUUUCUCUAAACACAUAUAACUACAACCUCAUUCACACAGCUUCAAACUAGAGCUUUCUACAACACCAAGAAACCUGAAAAGUACAACUAGGGGUUCAGAAUCUCACAAUAUGAAUAGCAUUGAAGGAAAAGUCAUCAAGUUCAACAAACCAGGAGAGCUGGGCUACAAGAGAAACUGCUUAAAUGUAGUAGGGAAGGUAAUAAGUGAGAAAGAGAUAAAUUUCAAAACAUACAAGAACGCGC